AUCCUUGGCACAGACUGCGCAUGCGUGAUAAUUCAACAACGUUCUGUCUCAGAAAGAAGCUAGUGCUCUGGAGCGUCGUCACCAGCCAUGACUGAACAACGAAACGGUGAACAAACGCCUCCCGCGUUUGCUUUCAUCAGAGAAGCAACCCCGGGUACAAGCCGUGAAGGCGGCGAGGAUGCCUCAGGCAGUUCGGACGAUUACCCUGCGUAUAUUGACGAGUACAUCAAUGACGCGUUGAAGGCGUUGAACCGCCAGACCGAUGCUACUGACGUCAAUGAUGACACUGACAGCGGAAGCACGAACUACGCACCUGUGGUGUCCACCACUACUGCCGAUCACGCCUGGCCCAGAACGGGCCACGCUAACAUCGAGAAACUAUGCUCCCCUACGAAAGACACCGCGAGCUGUUCUGACGACGCCUGGCGUUGCCAGCGGAACGCGCAGCUCAGGUCGAUAGCCGACCAGACGUACAACCUCGACGGUGUCUAUUCCAGCAGUAGCCCUAGUCACCUGCACCUGGGGCCCACAAGCAGCAUCGAUCACAAAAAGCCCAGCACAAGCCGCGCUGGAAUGGUGGAGGCAUCUGCAAGUUUACAAUACGGAGCCAGAAAUCCUCAGACCACGCGGGUUCACCAAAGCAACACGCAGUACUACCCGACUGCAGGCACAUCCACCAUCCAGGGGUAUGCACACAACAGAGAAACCGUAAGCACCAGUUUCACACUUCCAGUCUACAGCAGCAGCGGCGGUGGCAAAUACGCAGUGGCCAGUACAAGCCACGCGGGCACGGAGGAAGCAUCGGGCAUUCUGGGAAAUGAUGCUAGAAUUCCUGAAGCCACCGGCGCUGAGCCAUGGAGUAUGCAGUACUACGCGGCUUGUGGCACAACUACAGUCUCCGAGUUCGCGGAGAAACCAGGGAAGCAGCGCGGCAACAGCCAGACAACCAGGCUGCCAACAGAAACCAAGAGUGCCACGUGUGUCGGUUUGGUUUCACCGACACGGAGACCUUUCAAAAGCACACCGCUGACCACUCGCUCGGAAAAAACCACAACUGCUCCGAGUGUGGUAAAUUGUUUGUGAGCACAGAGACCCUCAGGAGGCAUUUACUUUUGCACGGCGAAACAUCUUUUGAGUGCGGCUUGUGCAAAAAAACAUUUUAUAGAAAAGAUGGCCUCAAGAACCACAUGCUUGUAUGGCACAUCGGUUCGCAGGACUGAGAAGCCGUCGAAGGGUCUCCUUAGCACGGCAGCACGCGCCACGAAAUUGGUCGAGCACGCCGGGAUGCACCAUCGCCCGUGACGGUGGCAUCGGCAUCGCUACAGCCGGAUAUUCACCCUGGAGGAGUGACUUCUCUGGAUGUCACCCUGACGCCAAGAUCCGUCGUGUGCUUUCGCAGAAGAAUUUGCGGUCUGGGCCUCAACUGUUCCAGCUGUGAGCUAACUUUUUGACAAACAAAACUGGGCUAACCUUAUUCAUUCUGACUACGGCUGACAAAUGCCUGCCAAUAAAGUUGUUACAGUGGUUAUCUCGAGGAAUACUGUGCGCCAGCGCUGAGGUUUUCUCAGAAGAGCGCACCCGUUCUUCGCCAUCCUUUAGCCAUAGUAAAAAUAAAUUUGCAUGCCUCCUGGAUUGAACAAAAUAGUGAGAUAUGUUUCUUGGAAGAAAUUGUAGUCAGGAUACUUACAGCGGAGUUCUUAAUAGUGAAGUUGAGUGAUACGUGCCGCCCUAAUAUUCUCGAGCUUUGCUGGUAGCGUUAUUAAUACUUUUAGCACCCUGCAUUGUACAAACAAAACUGCUAAAAAUGGUACGCAUUUGUUCGAUGGUGGAAG